AUGGUACAACGACUAGCACCGGUUCUUGCUGUGCACUUUAUGGGCAGAAUUGACGAACCGGUUCUUGAACGAAAUCCUUUAAUGUACUGUAGAUAUAUCGAUGACCGUUUCGCCGUAACAUCAACACAGUUCGAAAUGGACGAGUGUUUUUAUAUAAUGAAUGAACAGUCACAGCACAUUAAGCUCACCCGAGAAGUUCCACGUGAUGGUUGUUUCCCUUAUCUCGACACUCGGGUUCCGUCACAAGCUGCUCAGUCAAAUACAGAAAACGCGCCCGCUCAACCUCACAAUCUUAAAAGGCGGAAUUACGGUUCUACUGGUCACCUCCAGCUCUUAGGAGUGCGACUACCAACAACGCCCCAGAAAGUCGCGUUUCCUCAGGACGCGGCGCUACCAUAUCGGGUUGAUAGGAUUGGAGUUGCAGCUGGUCCUCAACGACAGUAUUUAAUACGAACUGUUGCGUCACAACGAGUCACUACCCCGCCACCGGUUCGUGCUGAAGCCGAUACUAACUAG